AUGACAACCAAUAACUCGUUAUACCAAUUGAGAGUCUCUGGUACCGUUGUUGUUGCAGACACCGGUGAUUUUGACUCUAUAAUCAAGUAUAACCCUCAAGAUGCUACCACUAAUCCUUCUCUAAUUUUGGCUGCCAGCAGAAUUCCUACCUACUCCAAGUUAAUCAAUACAGCAGUAGAAUUUGCGAAGCAACACGGUAAGACUAUCGAGGAAAAAGUAGAAAAUGCGGUUGACCGUCUGCUCGUCGAAUUUGGUAAAGAAAUCCUGAAAAUCGUACCUGGGAGAGUUUCAACUGAAGUUGAUGCAAGACUCUCUUUUGAUACGCAGGCCACUAUUGAAAGAGCUCAAAAGAUUGUUAAAUAUUAUGAGGAUGCUGGUGUCUCGAAGGAAAGAGUGUUAAUUAAAAUUGCUUCUACCUGGGAGGGUAUCCAAGCUGCGAAGGUUCUAGAAUCACAAUACAGCAUUCAUUGUAAUUUAACUUUGUUAUUUUCUUUCCCCCAGGCAGUUGCGAGUGCUGAAGCCAAUGUUACUAUAAUAUCACCUUUCAACGGCAGAAUUAGGGAUUGGUACGUCGCACGUACUGGGGGAAAUUACAGCGGAGAAUCAGAUCCUGGUGUUCUUUUAGUAGAAAGAAUAUUCAACUAUUAUAUAAAGCACGACUACAAGACUAUUGUUAUGGGAGCAUCACUACGGAACAUAGAUGAAGUCAAGGCGUUAGCAGGCGUGGACUACUUGACCAUUCCUCCAAAAUUACUGGAAGGGCUACUAAAUAGCCAAGAGUCAAUUACCAGAAGGUUGACCGUCGAGGGUGCCAUGGAGAAAGGUGACGAAAAGAAAUCGUACAUCGGGAACAAAUCGCAAUUCAUGUUCGAUAUGAAUGAAGAUGCCAUGGCCACUGAAAAGUUUAGUGAGGGUAUCAGGAAGUUCUCCGCAGAUAUCGUUACCUUAUCACAAAUGAUGGAAGAAAGGAUUCUUGCAUAA